AUGGUAUCUCGUCAUCUCAAAUCCCCUGCCGUGACGGCCACGGCGAGCUUUGCAGCAUCUCAGAAGGUCUCGGAAAUUGUCAAAUCGGUCAUCGAUGACAUUAGGGCCAACGGAGACAAGGCCGUGCGGACAUAUUCGGAGCGAUUUGAUAAGUGGACUCCAGACUCUUUCAAGUUGUCAGACGACCAGAUCCAAGAUGCCAUAUCGAAGGUCUCACCUCAGACUAUCAAGGAUAUUAAGGAGGCUCAACAGAAUGUGCGGACUUUUGCUCAAGCCCAACGUGAGAGUAUUAAGGAUAUCGAGAUCGAAAUUCAACCGGGUGUCUUCUUGGGUCACCGGAAUAACCCAAUCAACACUGCUGGAGCAUAUAUACCGGGUGGGCGGUAUCCCCUGCUUGCAUCAGCUCAUAUGACAAUUCUCACGGCAAAGGUCGCUGGCGUCAAGCAUGUUAUUGCAUGUACGCCUCCUAUCAACGGAGAGAUCCCGAAUGCAACCGUGGCUGCUGCACACUUCGCCGGAGCCGACGAGAUCUUUAUUCUUGGGGGCACGCAAGCGGUCGCCGCUAUGUCUAUUGGCACGGAAACUAUAAAGAAGGUCGAAUUCCUUGCAGGUCCUGGCAACGCCUUCGUAGCAGAAGCGAAACGCCAGCUAUUCGGAGAGAUCGGCAUCGAUCUCCUGGCUGGACCUACGGAGAUUCUUAUUGUCGCAGACGAGCAGGCAGAUCCAUUCACGCUGGCGACCGAUCUACUGUCGCAGGCCGAGCAUGGGCCAGACUCACCUGCGGUUCUUAUCACAAACUCCGAGAAGGUAGGGCAGGAGACGCUGAGGUUUAUCGAGGAGCAGCUGAAGAGUUUGUCUACCGCGCCGGUGGCGGGCACGUCAUGGCGAGAUUUUGGCGAGGUGAUUGUGGCCGACGACAUGGAUGAGGCGUACCGUCUUGCGGAUGACUUUGCGAGCGAGCAUGUCCAGAUCCUUACGAAGAAUCCUCGAGAAGCGCUUGACAAGAUGACGAAUUAUGGCGCCUUGUUUUUGGGAGAGAAGACCUGUGUGUCAUAUGGUGACAAGGUAACGCCCAAUCUUCGACCCGUAGAAAAUUGUUGCUGA